AUGCCUGAACCACCAUCGACCAUAUCGCAGACUCGGCAACUCCCGCGCCGUCCAAAGGAAAAGACCAACCAGGUCGAGGAGUUCGCCGAUACCAUCGCCAAGUAUGCUAGUCCCGACGACGUUCCUGAUGUGGCUAUUAACAUCUCAAUUGAUGUCGUUAUUCUGUGCAAUAAGGGCUUCAAUUUCUUCCAGAAAGCGACGAAAAACACUACCAGAAAGAAGAUCAAGCAGAGUAACUCCAGCCAUGCCCACAUAUCGGUACUGCAGCGUGUCCUGGCCAAGCUCGAGGGCCUGGACUCAGAAAGCUAAGUCAUCGAGGAAGUCAGCCAAGAAGCAACGGAAGCCGGAGAAGCCCUGAAGGCCUGGGUCAAGUCGAACAAUGGUCGCCCCUGGAUCGACAAAAUCGACUUUAGCUUUGCUGGGUCUGGCGAUGAGGAGGAUGACGAGUUUGAUCUCUACAUGAUGGUCUACUGUUUCUUCGAGGAUUUAAACACCAUCUGCAACAAAAUGCCAAGAACCAUGUCUCCUACUGCUCUGGGUGUCCUCACCAACGUGGCCUGCAAGUCUUGCCUCAUGGGCAAGGGUGUCAACGAGGACCCUGAAUUCUUCAUGCAUCAGCAGGAACCCAUUGAGGUCGGUCAGCUUGACUUCCGUAAGAGUUACGCCUGGGAUGAGCGCCGAUUUCGCGACUUUAUUUACCCCGAUUAUCUUCGCGAGCUUACUGCAUACCGGUUUCAUAUCGAGAAAGGCCAGGCCAAGGGCAUGCAGAAUGGGAAUGCUGCCAACGGCACGAGCGCUGCAUCUGAGGGUCAUGGAAGUGAUGACAGCAAGGCACGCGUCAAGCGAGAGACUGCUCUAGUCAAAGCUGACAAACACAAUCUCACCAAUCUUGCUCCUUUGGAGAUGUUUGACCUGGUGGACAAGGCUGUUGUGUCACAGUUGGGGUGCCCGGAGGGGGGGGGGCUUUUGAUUCUCAACUAUCUCGAGCUCUUUCACAAAUCCGUUGCUUUCCUGGAGGUUGUCGCUGCUGGGUUGGUCUGGAGUUCGAGGAACGCCUGGGUCCGAAGGAACCAGACUUUGCCGUGCACCUGA